CCCCUCCGCUGGGGGACAGUGUUAGGCGAAAGGACGCGGCGUGCGCGGCCCGGCCCCUCUCGGGGCGUGUCCCGCGCGUGGCCGCGGCCCCUCUGCCCCCGCCAGGCCGGGCUGUCGGGGCACCGCCGGGGGGCGGCGCGGGGCUCGCCCUCGUGUGGGCUGCCGGGGCCGGCAGGGAGGAGACGGCAGUGCUUUCCCGUGUCUGCAGUUUGGAGAAGGCCUGACGAGACAGGCCGGACGCGUGAGGGGAGCCGGGCACAGAGCAAGCGUCUACCUGAGCCCCGAGUAUCUUCCUUGCGCCUCCCCAGCGGUCAUAAUUUGGAAGUCGCCCCGUUGGGGGUGUUUUAUUUAAAGGCUGUUGGAAAGCAGCGUUGCCAGAAAGCACGCCUCCAAUUUCAGUUGCCUGUUAACCGCCUGUUACAUCGAAAAACACAUAACGUUUUGCUAGCCCUAACGUGAAGAAUGUGGCUGUUAGGCUUACUGUGUUGUGUACUGUCAUGGAUACUUCGUAGAUGGUGAUCCUUGAAAACUUUUCAUGCCUUCGGGGAAAAAAUGGUUUUCGAGGAUGAGUUUGCUUUCCUUACCCAAAAUGAAGAAUUACAGAAAGGAAUUGACUUCAAGGCAAUAUGUUGUAAACAGUUAAAAGUAACCAUUAAAGAUAACAUUCUGCUUAACUUACUUUCUUGCUAUGGUAUCUUACGUAGGUAAAUGUUAAAGCUUUGGAAAAUAUGUUUUGAAAUAUGCAACUGCUGUAAUUAAUAAAUCAUAUACCCAUACUGACUUGAGUUUUUUAGGAGUGCAAAAUAGACUCCCUUGUAGCUAAGAAGAAAAGGCCAUGAAAUUCAGGUGUGAAACAACUGUCUGGCGGAGUAGUGGACCACUACAUUUCUCUGGGUAUUGCAGUAUCAUCGCUGUUGUUUUCUGUAGUCAAAGUAUAGAGAGCAACUGGUCAUGGUGGAACUAUCAGGAAUUAUUGAUUCAGACUUCUUAGAAAAAUGUGAAAACAAAUGCAAGAUUUUGGGAAUAGAGACAGAGAGGCCCAUUUUACAAGUGGACAGAUAUGUCUUUGCUGGAGAAUAUGAAGAUACCUUGGGAACCUGUCUGGUUUUUGAAGAAAAUGCAGAGCACGUAGAUGCGGAAGGCAACCAAAAGCUACAGCUGAAGUACAAGUGUCAUACAAUGAAGAAAUUGAAUAUGACACGGACACUUUUGACAGAGAAGAAGGAAGGCGAAGAGAAUGUUGAUGGUGUGGAGUGGUUACAGAUCAAGGACAGAGAUUUUUCCUACAGCAGGCCUAAUAUGAUUUGUAGCUUUCUGCGUGAAAAGGAAGAUUCUGAGGAGUCAGCUCAGGCCCAGGACAAAUUGACUGAAGAAUCAGAGGGAGAGGUGAGCGACAGAGGAAAUUCUGACAUGAACUGUGAUCUGGAGAAGGAGCACAACUUGGAAAUGGAAGCCUCUGUUCCUCUGCCUGACAGCCCUGCUUCUGGGAGAGAAGAUUCUCCUUCUAGAAGUGCUGCCUUAGAUGAUGCCCCACCAUGAUGUCAGCUCUGAUACUUUCAAGAUUUCUUUGUAGAGUUAAUGGACCAGUUUUAGAGGCCUUGACCUGAUUUCCAAUUUGUCUGAGCAAUUAGUAAUGGAGAAACUGACUUUGUGUUCUUGCACAUUGUCCUUAUGUCUGGAUCAUGUUGGUUUUUUAAAGUAUUUGUUUUUUAAAAAGGCAAAUUGGAAAUGUAUGUAUCUCUACCUCAGAACUGAAGAGGAGGAAACAGUUACAUAAUAAGGAACUACCUUCGGGAAAACUUUGUAUUGUACAAUCUGGGACAUCUUGUAAUGGGUGGGGGGAAUAAAGUCCUGACACUUUCA